AUGGGUCCAAACGAGGCCGGGGCCGAGUCCAGGAUCCUCUGGGACCACCUCCUAACGACGGAAGUUUCCAACAGAAUCCUACGACGACAGGAGUCUUCGGUUGCAAAGGCGGUUGCUAAUGCGGUUGCAAAGGCGGUUGCUAAGGCGGUUGCUAAGGCGGUUGCUAAGUUGGUUGCAAAGGCGGUUGCUAAGUUGGUUGCAAAGGCGGUUGCUAAGCUGGUUGCUAAGGCGGUUGAUAAGGCGUUUGCCAAGGAAGUUGCUAAGGCGGUUGCUAAGGCGGUUGCUAAGGCGGUUGCGAAGGCGGUUGCGAAGGUGGUUGCUAAAGAGGUUGCUAAGGCGUUUGCUGAGGAAGUUGCUAAGGCGGUUGCGAAGGUGGUUGCUAAAGCGGUUGCUAAGGCGUUUGCUGAGGAAGUUGCUAAGGCGGUUGCUAAGGCCUUUGCUGAGGAAGUUGCUAAGGCGGUUGCUAAGGCAGACUGUAAUCUCAGCGAAUGA